AUGGCGAUGCUCCUGGGUGGACAGAUUCGUCCUCGAAUCUUCCUCCUUGCCAUACUACUCGCCUUCUCGGUGGUGUUUCUGAUCUGGUCCGCACCUGGCGGAUCCGACUACGGCCUCCAGCAGCCGUCAAACGACCCGCCUCCGCCGCCGCCUCCGGCUGAACCACCCAACGAAGCGUCCAACGACGAGUCGAAUAAUGUGCAGGUCGGUAGCAAUGGCGGCGAAGAAGACUCGUACAAUGUUCCGAUCGAGAGCCGACCCGUCGAAGAGCCCGUAUCUCCGACCGAGGUCGCCCAAGCGGGAGCGCCUGUCGCGCAAACCUCCUCUGCCGGAUCCGUCGUCCAGGCGGCGAUCCCUUCGCCUACAAACAAGUGCAUGAAGUUUGAGAGCUGGCUACGGACCAAGCCAGGCCCGCCCUCCGAGGGCAAGCGCAAGUUUCCCUACGUGCGACCGCCUCCCGAGUGCCGCAGCUUCAAUCUACCGAGCAUGGAGGCCCUGAUUACGCGCAUGAAGGGUGUGAUCAAGGACCCGGACCUGUUCCGCCUCUUCGAGAACAGCUACCCCAACACGCUGGAUACAAUGGUCAAGUGGAAGGGUUACAGAAACAAGACGAGAGACGACGGCGUGAUCCUCCAGGAGCGUACGGACGAAGAACUCACCUACGUCAUCACGGGAGACAUCGACGCCAUGUGGCUGCGCGACUCGGCAUCGCAGAUUUACUCGUACCGCUCGCUGCUCGAGGCGUCUAACAGCUCGGACUCGCUGGCCAGCCUGUGGCGCGGGCUCAUCAACUCGCACUCGCGCUACAUCGUCAUCUCGCCUUACUGCCACAGCUUCCAGCCGCCCGCCGAGUCGGGCAUCGAACCCACGCACAACGGCGCCUUCCACCAGAACAACCCGCAGCCGCCCUACAACCCGGCCAAGGUCUUCGACUGCAAGUGGGAGCUCGACUCGCUCGCCUCCUUCCUGCAGAUCUCGACAGCCUACUACGAGCGCACGGGCGACGCCGCCUUCUUCGGCAAGUACGCCUGGAUCGACGCGGUGCAGGCCGCCGUCGAUGCCGCCGGCGCCAUGCGGAAGGGCACCUACGGUGAGGACGGCAAGGUGCAGAGCUCGGCGUGGACAUUUACGGGGUGGACAAACCGCGGCAGCGAGACCUUGACCAACGACGGCCUGGGCAACCCGAGCCGCGAGAACGGCAUGGUGCGCUCGGCGUUCCGGCCCUCGGACGACGCGACCAUCUACCAGUUCCUCGUGCCGGCCAACAUGAUGUGGGCCAAGUACCUCGAGGAGGCGUCGCACAUCAUGGACCGGCUGACGGACACGGACCCGCGCGCGGCGAGCCUGACGCGCGUCAUGCGCAGCCACGCGCUCGGAAUCCGGCGCGGCAUCGAUGCCGAGGCCGUCGUCAGGCACAAGAAGUUUGGCGAGGUGUACGCCUACGAGGUGGACGGGUUCGGCGGGCAGAACCUCAUGGACGACGCGAACCUGCCGUCGCUGCUGGCGAGCCCGCUCUUCAACUACAGCCGGUCGUCGGUGGCCGGGGGCCUGCCGGAGGGCGGGCGCGGCGCCGAGGAGCACGACGAGAUCUACCGCAACACGCGGCGGUUCGUGACGAGCGAGGACAACCCCUACUGGGCCAAGGGCCCCGUGCUGUCGGCCGUGGGCGGGCCGCACCUGGGUCCCGGGAAGGGGUGGCCCAUGGCUGCUAUCGUGGCGGGGAUGACGGCGUAUGAUGUUUCUCGCUCGCCAGAGCGUGGUGGUAGUGAUGAUGGGAACGGGACUGCCUUGGCGCAAAAGGCGGUGGAGGAGGAGGUCGCGGCGGAGCUGGGACAGGUGCUGGACUCUACGGGGGGAUGGGGCGUGAUCCACGAGACGGUGAAUGCGUUUAGCGCUGACGACUGGACGAGGGCGUGGUUCGGGUGGGCGAAUGGGCUGUUUGGGGAGCUGAUCCUCAGGAUCGAGGAAGAGGAAAAGAAGAAGAAGACGACGACGACGAAGGUUGAGGCGGAUGGGCAAGGAGGCGGAGAGGGGCUGCUGGAGAGGAGUUGGCAGUGA